GAGAGAGAGAAAGCUAGCAGAGAAAAAUCGGAAAAUCGUUAUGCGACUACUAUAACCCACCACAAAAUCGCGGUCGGCUCUGUUGUUGCCGGGCACCUCACACUCGCGCAUCGAAUCCGAUUGCGAAUCAGGAUCUGAAGCUUCUGACAUAGCAGCCGCAUUUUAAUUUUUUGCCUGGUUUGUGAUCUGGAAAAACUACCAAAAAGUAAAUAGAAAUGGAUCCGUCGAAUCUGGCCUUCGGUUUUCCCGGUCUCCCCAACCAUGGGCACAUGCCGAUACCACCCACCGCAAAUAUGCUGGGUGGCCAGCAUCCAGCACCGACAGCCAGUCCACCUCAAAGCGUCCCCGGCCGUCGAACACCACUGGGAUCGGUGGGUCUGGGCGGUUUCUAUGCCCAGGGAAUGGGCAUGUCCCAGCAGCCACCGACGGAUGAGAACAAACCAGGACCCAGUGCUCCGGAAAAACCACUGAGUCCUACGGCCGCUGCCAUCGCAGCCAUUGCUAUUGUAGGAGGCACCACCACGGUAGCGGUGUCCAGUGGAGCCAGUGGAAGUGGUUCCAACAAUGGCAAGCAGAAAAAUCGGCAAGGAAAGACUGUGAGGCUGAAUAUUAAUGCCCGGGAGCGGCGGAGGAUGCACGAUUUGAAUGAUGCCCUGGAUGAGUUGAGAAGUGUGAUUCCAUAUGCCCAUUCUCCUUCCGUUCGGAAGUUAUCGAAAAUAGCCACCUUACUGCUGGCCAAGAACUAUAUUCUUAUGCAGCAAAAUGCCCUCGAAGAGUUGAGAAGACUACUUGCCUAUAUACAAAGCACCACCGGAGCAGCACCUCUAGAUCUGGGUGCCUUCCCAGCGGCUGCCAAGCUGCAGGCCCUUCUCCAAGGACCUCACAACGAACCGCCCUCCAGCAGCAGUUAAAUUAGAGUCUGAACGAUGGUUCACCUGUUAAGCAAUCCAUAAACAAGCAAUAUUUUUAAGUCAAUUGAAAAAGAAGAAUGCCAAAUAUUUGUGUACUAGUCAGACGAAAGAAGGUUGAUAGAGAGCCUCUUAUCAGAGCAGCCAAGUGAAAAUCGGUUAAGUGAUAUUUAUUUUUGUCAUAAGCAUUUCUUAUUUGUGCAUUUACAUAAUGUCAACCACUAUGUGUAAGAUGAAUAUUACCAAAUAAAGUAUUAUUGAAGUAGAAAGUA